AAACAUUGAAUUUAUAUCCGAUCCGAUUAUCAAGUUCAUUCGGUGUGUCUGAUUGCUAACAUUAUCGAGCCGCUUUGUCGUCUUUGGUUUAAUCAAAAAGUGAAAAUAUUUUCUAAUCGACCGAAGAAAUGAUCAAAUUUUCAUUCGUAACAUUUUGGUUAUUUGGUGUGUGCAUGCUACGAACUAGUAGCAGUCAGGAAACGAAAACGCCAAAAUGUGCAAAAACACCCGAUACUUGGAAGAAAGUCGACGCAGCAAUUAAGGAGUGUCAGGAGGACGUUAAAUUGAAAAUCAUUACAGAUACCUUCUAUUCAAACGAAUGGGACGAUUCCAUAUUCGAUGACGAUGGCCACUUUCAGUUUUCUAGUGCACAUGAAGAUCAUCUGCCAAUAAUCGAUCAUUCUACAAUUUACGGUCGUAAACCUCAUACGAUCGAGGAUCAUCCGCAUAUUCACGAUCACCACUCACUCGUUUCUGAUCAUUCAUCACAUAAUCUCGGUCAUGGAUCUAUUUAUGAUCAUCAUUCAAACGUUCAUGAUGAUCAUACCAAAAUCCACAAUCACCAUCCGCAAAUCCACGAUCACCCGCAAAACCACGAUCACCUGCAAAACCACGAUCACCUGCAAAACCACGAUCACCUGCAAAACCACGAUCACCCGCAAAACCACGAUCAGAAUACACAAAUCCAUGAUCACAGCUCACAAAUCCACAACCACAAUCCACCAAUUCACAAUCACCACCCACAACAAAUUUACGAAUACCACUCACAAAUCGAUGAUCACAAACCACAAAUUCACGAUCACAAUCCACAAAUCAAUGAUCAUAACCCACAGAUUCACGAUACACAAGCUCACGACCACCACCCAAAAAUCCACGAUCACCUCCCACAAAUCCACGACCAAAAUCCACCAAUCCACAAUCACCACCAACAACAAACCCACGAAUACCACUCACAACUAAAUGAUCACAAUCUACAAAUGAAUAAUCACAGCCCACAAAUUCACGAUCACCUCCCGAAAGUUCAAGAUCACCAAAUUCCAAUCCAUGAUUCUUCUAAAAGUGAGCAUUUUCCAACCCUUCUCAGUUAUGAAGCCUUAGCGCAUCGUCCACAUGAGCUUUUACCGAAACCACACCAUUCGCAUGAUGUACUCCGACUGAAGAAUCCACAACCUUUUUCACUCUCUACCCAUCAAGACAGCACAAGAAAUGCUGUACAUAUGCCGGAGGAACAUGUCAAGCAUACCACGUCAAUGUCUGAUAGCCCGAUCGAGCAGGAUCACUACAUUGAUUUUAAUGAAUUUCGAAAAAAGCGACAUGCAAACGAACAUGAUCGUAUUCAUUCGUCCACUGCCACGUACCAUGAUAAACGAAUCGCUGGUUGCAUAAUGCAGUGUAUCUACAAGAAGAACCAUGCUGUUGACAAGCUCGGCUGGCCAACACUUGAUGGGCUAGUAAACUUUUACUCUGAAGGUGUCAACGACCACGGAUAUUUCAUGGCUACUUUGCGAGCCGUUGAUUACUGCCUGAAAGGGUCAUCAGCUAAAUAUCAUGUAAACAGACGCUCAACACCAGAAAAGGGACAGACGUGCGAUGUGGCUUUCGAUGUUUUCGACUGUAUCUCGGAUCAAAUUACCGAAUAUUGCAGUGAUGGUCAUUCUGAUUGAAGUGUGAUUCGAAUCAUAAAAAUACAAAAAAAAACAAGAAGCUAAUGAACGAUCGUGUUUGAGUUAUAAUCUCGAUUAUGACGCCGCGGUCAUUGGGAAGGAAAUAAUUUUUUGGUUUGAACCGUUCCGUAAUGACUUCCUCAUCAGAUUGACGAGAUUAUUGUGGAUAGAUAAAAUCUAUGUCUUCGAAGACAUUAUCUCACUCGAUCGUAUGCGUUUUAAACAUUUUUUU